AUGGGACACGUCAACGGGAACUACGAAGCUCGGGACCCGACAAUGGCGUUAUACCUGACAGAAGUGAAACAGCUCGCCCAUUGCUUCAACCGCCUCUCGGUCACUAGAGUACCUCAGGCACAGAACAUCUCGGUCGCGCACCCCCAGACCAACGGUCAGGCUGAAGUAAUGAAUCGGGCGAUCCUGAAAGGCCUCAAGAAGAGGGUCUCGGGUGCAUGCGGAGCCUGGGUGGACGAGCUCCCUAGCGUCCUAUGGUCAAUGCAAACGACUCCCAAAACUGCCUCGGGGGAAUCUCCGUUCAGCCUGGUGUUCGGGACCGAAGUAGUCCUCCCACCUGAAAUGGUGUUCCCGACCUUGUGCACCACCAUCUAUGAGCAAGACAACUCCGAGGAGGGCCUAUGA